AUGUCACCUGAGCUUACAAGUCUCGCCAAAGACCUUGGCAUGUUGAUUGCCAUCAAGAGCUGGCCUGAGUUUGGCGUCCAUGUCCGCGGUGCCCUCAUCAACGGACUGACGGAGGUGGAGAUUCGUGAGUCAAUUCUCCACGCGACUAUCUACUGUGGCGUGCCAGCCGGAGUCGAGGCCAUGAAGGUUGCUCAGAAGACCAUCGAUGACAUGGUCGAGAAGGGGGAGCACAAGAGGGAGCUAGCUGAGGUUUCCCCCCUUGUGAAGAAGAGUGCCUAG